AUGCCUCUCUCGAAAGUUCUUUGCGGCCUUCUCGAUUGCAGUGGUUCAAGCACUCCACAGCAAGUAUCCAAGGCCGGAAGUCCUAGAGCAAGCGGGCAGGGGAGUGGACAGCAAAGCCCUAACCCGUCGGUCGCGUCGACAAUCAAAUCUCUCCAUUCAAUAGAGUCUGGCCUUCGCCGAUUGAGUGAAGGUCUACACUCGCAGGACAGCCUCGCGGCCGAGCUGAAGGAAUGGCUAGAUACCAUCGAUGCCGCCACCUAUCGCAAGGAGGAAUGGUCGGAGGAGGUGCGCCAGGCAUAUGAUGCCUACAAAAAAGAGGGAGAUAAGCUCAAGGCCACGCACCAAGCAUACUGGCGGUACAUGAAGGAACAUCCUCGUAACGGGACUCCGGAGGAGCAUUUACAACGUACUAAGCUAGCUUGUAGCUGGGCUUAUUAUGCGGUAAGCGCAGUCGAAGGCCGGACCGAAUUUCUGGUAAAGUAUCGAAACGCAUACAACGGCAAACUGGCGAUUGACAACCACAUCAACGAGGCAAAAAAUCAGAUCAAUAGUGGAAGGAACGCCAUCAGGGAAGCACGGCAUAAUUAUAAGGCUAUUUGGACGGCCUUUACGCGUAGAGCCAAUCCCGAGGUGUUUCAAUGA